GUGCCUAUCGGGUGAAUUGAAAUGCUUAUGCGAGGGUAAGCUUACAGAGAAAGCGAAGUUACCCGUGAUGGGGAUACAAUUUAUCGAAGUGACUGGUGGCAAUCGACGGUCUGGGUAUAAAAUUGGACCACUCAGAUGCCAAGGAAUAGGUAAUUUGAUUGAGUAUUUCUGUAAGAAUCACAGGUUAUUUCCUGUUACUCAUGCCGGUUGUUGUUUUGUUGUUGUUUACUGUUUGCUGCAAAGCGAGAGCACGUUUUCACACCGCACGCACUGGCAUACAAUGAUGGUCUCGCUACAGGAAUAUCUCUUAUUGGCUUGCUAAAUUUGAGACCAGCGUUGUCCCGUUGAGGCUGAAUGAUAGAUGAAGUUUUACAGCUUUGCCUGCAAAGACCGAACUCGCCCAUAUUGCGAUGCUGCCGUAUAGGGCGACUAAUGCUAGCUGUGCGAUGCGGUAUAGGCCUAUAAGCUUUGCGCACAGGUAAAUGAAUGACUGAAGAAAUGGUAGCAUCUGAUUGGGCAAGCUGCAACAAAAGAGGGGAAAGAUUCAUGGAGAUUAGACGGAAGGCACGCGUGACGACCGCUGAUUGGACGGUUGAACGGUCGUGGGCGGAGCCGAACCACUACUGCUGGAAUCUUGUAUGGAUGAGCAACGAGUCAGUGAAGGAAUUACCAUCUUCUUACAGAAGCUGCCACGAGUGGCGACUCGCGGGGUACGAGGGUGAUGGGACGUACGAGGUGGAUCCAGACGGGCCUGGAGGACUGGAAGUUUUCGAAGUGGAAUGCGAAAUGGAUACAGGUUAUACGGUUGUACACCACGACAAGGACGUCGAAGGCUUUACAGUGAGAGUGACGGGUAACGGAAGAGACAUCAUAAAGUACGAGACCCCUGGCGCCUACCGGAAAAUCCUUAACUACACCACGGCUUCCCUACCUCAAAUCGCGGCACUGGCCAACGCGUCGGACCGCUGCUCCCAGUUUGUCUCGUUGGAGUGCAUGAACACAGAAAUCUGGAACGAGAGGGGCACUCAGAUGACUUGGUGGGUGUCACAGGACCAGGAGAAGAUGUUCAACUGGGGUGGGGCUCCUAGUGGAUUCAAUGGAUGCGGUUGCUAUGUGAACAACACAUGUGAGAAUGGAGAGAGAUGCAAUUGCGACAAUGACAGCCAGCGAGGUGGCUCCAUUUGGAGGUUGGACCGGGGAUUGCUGACUGACAAGUCCAAGUUACCGGUGAGGGAAGUCCGUGUUGGUGACGUUGGCCACCGGGGAGAGAGGGCGAACGUCCGGGUCGGUCCGCUCCGGUGCUACGGUGCAGAAAGUGAGCAUGCACGCGAAGGAUUAUUCCGGAACUGCGAAGAGCUGCGUCUGAACGGUAGGCAAAGGGAUGAUUACUACCGGAUCGACCCAGACGGAGACGGCCCACUAGCAGGCUUCAGAGUCUGGUGUAAUUUCAAAAGCGACAAGGCUUUUACCGUUAUAGAUAACGACAUGCAUGAUGUUGACAUCCUUGUGUCUAUUUCUAACGAUCGAAAUUAUGAGGCACCGGGUGCGUACACCAAGAAGCUUGCAUAUGAAGCCCCAUCAAUGGAGCACAUGGUUGCCCUGAUCAACACAUCCGAGGUCUGCCGUCAGUACAUCUGGUACAAAUGCCGGCUGGCGGCCAUAUGGAAAGGAGAUAUACAGGUCACGUGGCUGUUGUCACGUAACAAAGAGAAAAUGCCCAAUUGGGGCGGGGCUCCAAGUGGUUGGAAAGGGUGUGAGUGCAGCAUUGACAACGAUUGUGCCGGAGGUGGGAGAUGCAACUGUGACCGGGAUGUAGAGAACGUCGUGCGCUACGACGAAGGGUACUUGACAGACGCGGCUCAGUUACCUGUGACGGCCAUUCAGAUAGGCGAUAUCGGUGACGAGACGGAGAGGGCGCGCUUUAACAUCGACCCCCUGGAAUGCAAAGGACUUCGCUCCAAAGUCACAGGUCUUUCCUCAACCGAGACCCGGAGAACCAUCGAAGCUAGCUGUCGAUGGUUUAUCAACACGGCAUGGACGGGAAGCUUCAUUCAGCCAUCCGUUUUCCUUGCUCCAUAUACAUUUUCAGCCAUACGCACAUGGGUGGACGGUAGCACAACUACUUCACUUCGUCAGGCACACGGGGAUUUCGAUACAGUGUUCCGUCAAGAAGGUCUGAAGGAACCAUAUCUACAUACAAAAUAAUGCAACAAAUUUCGAUGUGGAGAAUUCUUAGAUGCUCAUGUCUGUUUCAAUGAAAUGGAAUUAAUGAAUGAAAUGAGACAGUUCAAAUUGGGACCGGCUUUGUUAUUUUUUCCUUAAAGAUAUAAAUAGAAUCAUUUGCAUUAUCCAAAAAGUAACCUACCAAAUUAUUAUAAAAAUUUACUCGGAUUAAAGAUCG